GGCUGCUCCUAUUUAAAAUCCCCCCCGGACGGGCUCCGAGGCAGCUGCAGCUCCGACGGUCUUGUGCGGACGACACACAAAGAAGUCCGGCGCCCUUCAGCAGCCAAGGACGUUUCCCCCCGCGGGAGCUCGUCCCUUCCCGGCUGCCCUCCGACCUGCCUGGGCUGCUUCUCCCCGCCCCAGAAAGACCCAGCGGAGCUGCAGCCUCUUGGGCAGCCGAGCGAUGCUGCUUUCCAAGGGAGCCUGGCUUGGGCUUCUCUUCCUCUUCCAAGCCCACGCACUGCCACUAGCCACCCAACUCUCGGAGGAGGAUGAAAAGGUUACCAAGUGCAUCACUGAAAUCCUGGCAGACACACUUUCCCACCCCAGUCCAGUUCCAGUGACCAGUGAAUGCAUGAAAAUACUUAGAGAGGAUGAAAGAGUCCUGGCGAUGCUUCAUCACCAGCACCUGCUGACGGAGCUGGAAGAACUUGCACACCAAGAAAAUGUGAAGCAUCAUUUGGGACAUGAUGGUAACCAUGAUGGUUGGGAAGGAGACGCCAAAGAGCAGGAAGAACUGAAGAAGAGGAGCCAUCAGAGAGAAGCCGCCUCUGAGAAGGCGUGGGAGACAAAGGGGGAGCAGAAAGAAGAGGAGCAGGAUUUGAAGGAGUAUGAGAAGACAGAUAAGACCGAAGAGAAGGUGAAAGAAGAGGAGGUCUCCCAUGGAGAGGACAACCGCGAGGAGGCUGUGGAGGAGCAGACCAAGGAAGUGAUGGAGGAAGAGGAGGAAGAUGAAGAUGAGGCAAGAAGGGAGAAGAAGAGGAGCUCCUCAGAGACGUGGUCCUCUAAGGAAUACUUUGGUCAUGUCAAGAAGAGAGGCCCUGGAAAAGCAAGGACCAGGGAAAUGAUGCUUCAAGGGGAAAGCAAGAGGCAUGGAUUGGUCAAGAGGCACUUCAGACUAGAGGAGGAAGAGGAAGAUGACAGCUCUGAAGAGGAGCCCAAGAAGUACCACCAUGGAGGGUACCAUGGAGGCCACCACCAUGAAGACUGGGAGGAUGAGAAGGAAGAAGAGAAUAAAAGACCCAAUCUGGCCAAGCGGGUGGCUGAGAAGGCCAGUGAUGAGGAGACGGCCCAGUUUGAAGAGGAAGAAAAGGGUGUGAAGAUCUCCAAUGCUCAGGUCCACCACCUCCAUGGAGGCUGGAAGCCAUGGCAGGAGGAAGAGGAGGAGGAGGAAGAGGAGGAAGGUGAGAUGAAGCACCGAGGACACCACCAUCAGCCACCUGACCUUAAGAAAAGGCAUCAUGGUCAUGAAGAGGGUGGAGGCGAAAGGGAAGCCACUCAGAAUGAGGUCCAUGAACGGGACAAGCUGGAAGAAAUUGAACAUGAGCUGAAAAGAAUUGCCGAGAAGCUGCAGGAGCUGAAAAGGGGGUAACCCCUUCUGCCCUCUGGGAGGCUGGGUAGGGUAGAAGGGGCAAGUGACCAUUGCGUCAACCCACCUCCCACCCAGUGCUUCUCUUCCGCACAUGCAAUCUCUGUUUUAUGCAUACUCUUUCUUUAAAGCUUGGCUUUGGACUGUUAAUGGAGCUUUCCCCUUGCUAGAACUCUCUGCCCUGCCAGCAUCUUGUCUUGGGGUAAGAGUAAACCGGGCCCCUCCACUUGCUCCCACUGUUGGGAGGAGAGCUGGUCUUGUGGUAGCAAACAUGAAUUGUCCCUUUUGCUAAGCAGGGUCCACCCUGGUUUGCAUUUGAAUUAGAGACUACAUGUGAGCACUAUAAGAUAUUCCCUUUAGGGGAUGGGGCCUCCCUAGCAGCAUCUCCAAGAUAGGGCUGAGAGAGAUUCCUGCCUACAGCCUUGGAGAAGCUGCUGCCAGUCUGUGUAGACAAUGCUGAGCAAGAUGGACUCAGUAGAAGGCAGCUUCCUAUGUCCUUUCCUGCAAAGUGCUGAGUCCCCUGGCAAUUUCAGGGUCCUGUUCCCAACCUAAGUGGCCCCAGUUGUGUCCAAUGAGCACCGCACUGUGGCUAUUUUGUAUACCAGCCCUGCCCCAGGGUCUUUAACAGGGUGGAGAAUUCACAAUCCAGACCUUGCCUAUCGCUGUAAUAGAAAUGUUGUCCUUGCCAAAGGAGGGCCUGUAAUUCUCAAACGGCAUACCAGGAGUAACUCAAGGUUCCAGGGAGUGUAAAAAAAACAAAUGCACCCUCCGAGGACUGAGUCUGUAGUGUCUCUGCAUGAGCAAUUGCUCUGCCCAUGGCUCCUGCAGCUUCCACUGCGGACUAGUCAUUGCCAUUCAUCUCUGCAUUGGGUGCGACUGGAUUGCUCAGUCACUCUGUGCAGAGAUGCGCCCGGAGGAGGCUGCCUGGUGUGUCUGUGUGAGCAGCUUUCCUCUUUCCGGGAGAGAAGCGCACCCCUGCCCUGCCCAGCAAACCCUAUCAAGACGCAGGGGGAUCCUUACUCUUGUGCAUGCCUGCUUUCUGUGCGCAAGAGCGAAAGCAUCUCUCUCUGGUUUUGAUUGUAUGAUCCGAAGUUUGAGAAAUGGGGUAGGUAGGUAGCCCUUAAACAUGGUGCUCCCUGGAAACACUGCCACGAGGGGUGGUAUUGCAAGACACUCGCCCACAUAAAGCUCCUUUUUAUUAAAGCAGGGUCGUUUUUUAAAGAGCACUCAUUUUUUUUUACUAAGUCUAUGGCACAAGAUACUGUUGUGUUGGUAAGCCCCCAUCCUUCCCCCCCCCCCGCAUUACCCUGGGCGCCUCCAGCUUCUCUCUCCACCCACUGUACUGACUGUUCACAGGAUCUUCUGCCUCUUUCCUCUUCUGUAACUGGCCUCCACCGAUAUCCAUGCAAGGCAGAAUUUCUGAAAGAAGUCACUGUAGCGUGUGGGGGUUCUGUUCCGCUAGGGAAUACUUGUACGUGUGUAUUGUAUCUGGAUUUCAACCGAGGGGGAGGGGGAGGGUUUGCUUUUAGCCCUUGUGUGGUGCCGACUCAAUAAAGUGAAGUCCAAACCAA